AUGGUCUUCUUUUUGACACCACUUCAAUUUGUUCAAUCCAUUCGAAAGAAUAUUCCAUCAUUGCACCGAUGGAUGGGUUAUUUGAGUCUUUCAGCAGUCACAAUUUCAGUUCCUGCUGCAUUAUGGUUGCUCGUAUCGAGUUUAAUGGGAAUGGUGUGUGCUGCGACUUCUGUUGUUGUGGGUAAUUGGUGUUUGUAUUGUGUUGUGAGAGCCAUUCAAACAGCGCGAGAAAAGUAUUUCAUCUCUCAUCGUCGAUAUGCUAUUCGUAUGUGGGCUGUCUGCUUUGGUGUGUUCACAAUGAGAAUCAUGAUUGGAACUUUGAAGAAGGUGUUUUAUCCGGUGGACGAAAAGACUGCAGUUUCAUUGUUCUCCAUUGAGUUUGUGGUUGGAUGGUUCGUGUCGUGUGGAUUUGGAGAGGCAUAUAUGAAGUGGACAAGCAGUGGUUCCAAUAAGGUCAGUCAAGAAAAGAAAAUUAUUUGA